UUCUCAGCAGAAGGAUACAUUUUAGAAAUUUUAUCGAGAAAUGGGCGAUCACAGUCACAGCGCCGCCGCGAAGCUGCCGAUACCAGGGAAGCGGAACAUCCUCAUCACAAGCGCCUUGCCUUAUGUAAACAACGUCCCCCACCUCGGCAACAUCAUCGGAAGUGUUCUGAGCGCCGAUGUCUUUGCGCGGUACUGCCGGAUGAGGGGCUAUAACGUGGUCUAUGUUUGUGGCACGGAUGAAUACGGCACUGCAACAGAGACUAAAGCAAUGGAGGAGGGCUCUUCUCCCAAGGAGAUCUGUGACAAAUACCAUGCCAUUCAUAAAGAUGUAUACAAGUGGUUCGGUAUAAGCUUUGAUGAGUUUGGCCGCACCUCAAGUCCUCAGCAGACAGAAGUCUGUCAAGAUAUUUUCAAGAAACUGUUGAAGAAUAACUGGCUUUCUGAAAACAUAAUGCAACAGCUCUACUGUGAAACAUGUAAAAGAUUCUUGGCAGAUCGGCUUGUGGAGGGUUGUUGUCCGACACCAGGCUGUAACUAUGAUUCUGCCCGUGGAGACCAGUGUGAAAAAUGCGGGAAGCUUUUAAAUCCUACAGAACUACUAGAGCCAAAGUGCAAGGUUUGCCGCAGCACUCCACACAUUCGUGAUACAAACCACAUGUUUCUCGAGCUUCCUUUACUGAAGGACAAAUUAGAAGAAUAUAUAAACAGCAUGUCAGUGAUGGGAGGGUGGAGUCAAAAUGCUAUUCAAGCAACGCAUGCUUGGCUCAGGGAAGGGUUGAAACCACGAUGUAUAACAAGAGAUUUGAAAUGGGGAGUUCCUGUCCCACAUGAGAGAUUUAUGGAUAAGGUAUUCUAUGUAUGGUUUGAUGCUCCAAUUGGAUACGUCUCGAUCACUUCAUGCUACACACCAGAAUGGGAGAGGUGGUGGAAGAAUCCUGAAGAUGUUGAGCUUUACCAAUUCAUGGGCAAAGAUAAUGUUCCCUUUCACACAGUGAUGUUUCCUUCCACUCUUAUUGGAACAGGUGAAAACUGGACAUUAAUGAAAACCAUAAGUGUUACAGAGUAUUUGAACUAUGAAACUGGAAAAUUCUCGAAGAGCAAGGGUAUCGGUGUGUUUGGAGACAAUGCAAAAGACACAAAUAUCCCUGUAGAGGUGUGGAGAUACUAUCUGCUGACAAAUAGGCCAGAGGUAUCGGAUACACUAUUCACAUGGGCUGAUUUGCAAGCAAAGCUUAACAGCGAGUUGCUGAAUAAUCUUGGAAAUUUUGUCAACCGAGUCCUGAGUUUCAUUGCAAAAGCCCCAGGUUCAGGAUAUGGUUCGAUCAUCCCCGAUGCUCCAAAUGCAGAUACUCAUCCACUGACCAAAGCAUUGGGAGAGAAGAUCGGUAGUUUUGUGGAACAGUACAUAGAUGCAAUGGAGAAGGUGAAACUAAAGCAAGGCUUGAAGAUUGCUAUGACCAUAUCUGGUGUAGGAAAUGCUUAUCUUCAAGAAAGCCAAUUCUGGAAGCUCUACAGGGAGGAUCGACCUUCUUGUUCCGUGGUCAUGAAAACUUCACUCGGAUUAGUGUAUCUUCUCGCUUGCCUCUUGGAACCUUUUAUGCCGUCCUUCUCCCUUGAGGUGCUUAAGCAGCUCGAUUUGCCACUUGAAACGCAAUUUUCACUCUCUGAUGAAAACAGUGACGUUGAAAGGGCUAGAACGCCGUGGGUGAUCCUACCUGCCGGUCAUAAAAUUGGUACCCCGACGCCAUUGUUUAGAGAAAUGAGAGAUGAUGAAGUGGAGCUAUUCAGACAGAGGUUUGCUGGAAGUCAAGCAGAUAGGCUUGCUAGGGCUGAAGGAGAAACCAAAAAAAUAUCUCAAAAACUCAAUGAGACUAAGAUUUGAAGUAUGCUGUCAUAUUUGUUUUACGAACAAGUAAAGUUGGUCACUCUGUGUGUUAAAAUAGUGGAUUAUUUGUUUUUGUCAUAUGGUAAAAUCACGUACUAUUAUAUUAACAUGGUAAAACAAAAUGUUCCUCA